AUGUCGUCUUCUACCCUUUCAGUUGAUGCUACAACCCCUCUUCUACAAUCGGUGAGCGAGGCAGCAGGCAGAUAUGUAAAUGGUGAGGCCCUGCCCAAAUCAGAGCCUGAACACGCAGUGCAAAAAUGGCACAAUCCAAUCAUCAAUGCUUGGCGCAUUCUCGCGGCCUUCUUCAGUUUUAUCGUGGUCGGUGCAAAUGAUGCAAUAUAUGGUGCCUUGGUCCCUUACCUGUGUGAUCACUACGGGUUAGACUAUGCUUCUGUGUCUAUGGUAUUUCUUUUCCCUUGUCUAGGAUAUGUCGCUGCUGCUCUUGUGAGCAACUGGAUUCAUGCGCGAUUUGGACAACGGGGGGUGGCCUUUCUGGGAUCUGGAUUUCACGUCCUAGCUUAUACCAUUGCGAUACAGCAUCCUCCUUACCCUGUACUGGUUGUUCUUUUUGUCCUGGCUGGAUUAGGCAGUGGACUUUUAGAUGCAGCAUGGAACGCGUGGAUCGGCGUCAUGGAAGACAGUAGCCAAUUGAUGGGUAUCCUGCAUGGUUUCUAUGGUCUGGGGGCAGCAUUGGCCCCGUUAACUGCUACCUCGCUGAUCACGCACCGUGGAUGGCACUGGUAUCAGUUCUACUAUAUCAUGGCGGGUGGCUCUAUCAUUGAAAUUCUGGCUUUAACUACUGCGUUCUGGUCGGCGCGAGGAAGCCCCGUCACAAAGGAGCUUCACACCGACAGGGACGCCGUCUCCUGGUGGAAAGCUUUGCGCGCGAGCCCGACAAUCCAGUCGCUGAGCUAUGGCGCCACGUGGAUUAUUUGCCUAUUCAUAUUUCUCUAUGCCGGCGUCGAGAUCACUUUCGGAGGCUGGGUGUUUACCUUCCUAGUCCGCGAACGAGUUGUCCCUCCAUUCGCAGCCGGGAUAGCCAACUUUGUGUACUGGGCUGGACUCACCGUAGGCCGUGUCCUCCUCGGUUUCGUGACGAGCUAUCUCAAUAUCGGCAAGUACACGGUACUUGUUUACGUGACCGCGUGUAUCAUUUGCCACAUCACCUUUUGGCUAGUAAAGGAGUUCACGGUAUCUGUCGUUGCAGUGGCCUUGCUCGGAUUUUUCCUCGGCCCCUUGUUCCCUGAAGCCGUCAUCGCGUUUGCCGACCUUUUACCAAAGCAUCUGCAUAUUUCAGGCAUUGGGAUUGCCGUCGCUCUCGGGAGUGCGGGUGGCUGCGUGUUUCCUUUCAUAACAGGGGCACUGGCAAAGCUUGUUGGCCUCCAAAUCCUGCAACCUAUGGUUUUAUUGCUGCUGCUCCUGUGUUUGUCCAGUUGGGUUCUCUUUUUAAUGGUUUCACGACGCCAAAUUUCUUCGUGCUGA